CACCAUGAUGGAGCUAGUCAAGAGUCUGUUUGUGGUGGUUCUAGUUGUUUUGGUUUUUGAGGUUAAGGCCCAGAGUUCUUGGGCUCCACUUCUGCAAAAACAGCCUCCUCCUGCUCCUUUGCUGCAUCAGCAACAGCAACAGCAGAAAGUUUUUCUACCUCUCGCUCCCUUUGAUAAAUGCCAGGUGGACGAGCAUGACAAGAUUCAGUGUGGGACUCCUGAUAUCGCGGCUGAGCAGUGUGAAAACAUAAACUGCUGUUUUAAUAGGGACCUGUGCUACUAUGGGAAAGCAGUGACUGUGCAGUGCACUAGGGACGGACAGUUUGUGGUGGUUGUGGCUCGAGAUGCCACAAUGCCGCGCAUAGAUGUGGAUUCAAUCAGUCUGCUGGAAAGUAAUGAUCCCUCCUGUGACCCAAGUGGUGUCAACUCUGCGUUUGCCAUCUUCCAGUUCCCAAUGACUGCAUGUGGUACUACCCUCAAGGAAGAAAAGGGUUAUGUGGUGUAUGAGAACCACAUGUCUUCCUCAUAUGAGGUGGGAGUUGGACCCAGAGGAUCAAUCACUAGGGACAGUCACUUUGAGUUAUUGUUCCAGUGUAAAUACUCUGACAUGGCUGUGGAGGCUCUUGUCAUGGAGGUUAACGACCUUCCACCUCCUAUACCGGUCGCUGCUGCAGGACCCCUCAGAGUGGAGCUCAGACUGGGUAACGGACAGUGUUACUCAAAGGGAUGUGUGGAGGAGGAGGAGGCAUACAUGUCCUUCUACACUCCAGCAGACUAUCCAGUUACUAAAGUGCUCAGAGAGCCUGUGUAUGUUGAGGUGCACAUCCUGGAGCGGUCUGAUCCCAAUAUAGUCCUGAACCUGGAGCACUGCUGGGCCACUGCCAUCCCAAAUCCUGACAGCCUGCCCCAAUGGGACCUUCUAGUUGAUGGGUGUCCUGACCAUGAUGACCGUUACAUAACCACAUUGGUCCCCGUGGAUGCCUCUUCUGGGCUUUAUUACUCGUCACACUACAAACGUUUCAGCUUCAAGAUGUUCACAUUUGUGGAUCAAAACAGCUUUACUCCUCAGAGGGACACGGUCUUCAUCCACUGUGCUACAGCAGUGUGUUAUCCCAGCAACACAAACUCCUGUGAAAAACCAUGCAAGCGGCAACAAAAGCGAGCAGCAGUGGCAGCUGCAGUGAAGAGCACUUACCUAAACCCCAAGUCUGUAGUCUCGAGUGGCAAGCUGAUCAUGACUGAGUGAGCAGAGGACUAACUCUGCUCUCAACACCAAUCAGACCAUCCAUUUGCAGCCAGAAAUGUCUGUCUGACUUUUAAAUAAAGCUUGUUAAAA